GUAAUGUGGAGGUAACCUCGGGCUAGGAGCAGAGACAUGCUGUGCCGAGCGCGCUUGUUGGACUGCAAGCGUCCUCCGCUCUUCUCCAAGAUUGGCCCAAGAUGGCUUGCUCCACCACCAGACCCUGUUAGGUUCGCCUUUGUAUCCACAGUUUAUUUGCGCCUCUACCGCCCGCACCAAGGCUCGCAUACUGCUACACCAGCCAAGGCCAAGAUGUUGGAAAAAAUCGUUAUCUAGUUUUCUCCACGCGUCAGUCGGAAUCUUGGUAGCGUAUCUUUUAGUGGGCCGAGGGUAGACGACCAGUAACCACGUUUCUGCCGAACACCCUUGUACUCUGACGGACGAUGAUCAUUUAAAGCUCUACUCUCUCCCCACGGAUCUUUCCUCCCCAGCAUCUCCUCACCCCUCUCCAGUUUCCAUCGAUACAACGCAACCAUGCCGCCACGUAUCAAGGAGUCCGAAAAUGGUGUUCCCACCUACUGGGGCAAGUCCGGCAGGGCCCUCCAGGUUCUCAUCACCAUCGUUGCUGUUACCGACUUCCUACUCUUCGGUUAUGACCAGGGUGUCAUGAGCGGAAUCAUCUCUGCUCCUGCCUUCCAAGCCGCGUUCCCUGAAGUCGAGGGUGACUCUACCUACGAGGGUUUCGUCGUCUCCAUCUAUGCCGUCGGUUGUCUGCUUGGUGCCAUCUUUGUCUUCGUCUUCGGUGACAAGCUUGGACGUCGCAAGAGUAUCUUCCUGGGUGCCGGAGUUAUGAUCAUCGGUGUCAUCAUUCAGAUUGCCUGCGUUCCUCCCAACAGUGGUGCUACCGCCCAGUUCAUUGUCGGACGAUGCAUUACUGGUGUUGGAAACGGCAUUAACACUUCUACCAUUCCCACCUACCAAGCUGAGUGCUGCAAGGCCAAGAACCGCGGUAAAGUUAUUUGCAUCGAGGGUUCCAUGGUUGCCAUUGGUACGCUCAUCGCCUACUGGAUCGAUUACGGUUGUCUCUACGGUCCCGAUGACUUCACAUGGAGAUUCCCCAUUGCUUUCCAGUGUGUUUUCGCCCUCAUCGUCAUCGUUAUGAUGAUCUCGCUACCCGAAUCUCCUCGAUGGCUCCUUAACCACCAUCACGAAGACGAAGCCGCUACUGUACUGGCUGGUCUCAAUGGAGUUCCCCGCGACGACCAAGAAGUCAUUGUCCAAAUGCAAGUCAUCCGCGAUGCAGUCAACGCAUCUGGUGGUGGCGGCAAGGUCCCUACCAAGGCUCUUCUGACCGGCGGCAAGUCCCAGCAUUUCCGUCGUGCUAUCCUCGGUGCUUCGUCGCAAUUCAUGCAACAAUUGUCCGGUUGCAACGCUGUCAUCUACUACUUCCCUAUUCUGUGCCAGAGUGCCCUGAACACCGACCACAACCUGGCCCUACUUCUUGGAGGUGUCAACAUGGUUGUUUACGCCAUGUUCGCCGCUACCUCUUUCUACUUCGUUGAGCGUGUUGGCCGCAGAAAGUUAUACUUGAUCGGUACCGUCGGCCAGAUGACUGCCAUGAUCAUCACUUUUGCCUGCCUGCUCCCCGGUGGCGUAGAGAACGAGAACAACGAGGGACCUGCCAAGGGUGCCGCUGUCGGUCUAUUCUUGUACAUCGCGUUCUUCGGUGUUACAUGGCUGCCGCUUCCCUGGUUGUACCCUGCCGAGAUCAACCCCCUCAAGACCCGCCAGAAGGCCAACGCCUUUUCAACUAUCAAUAACUGGCUAUGGAACUUCUUCAUUGUCAUGAUUACACCCGUCCUGAUCACCAACAUCGGCUGGGGAACCUACCUCCUCUUCGCUGCUCUGAACGCAUCCUUCAUUCCCGUCAUCUACUUCUUCUACCCGGAGACUGCUGGUCGUUCCCUCGAGGAAAUUGACCUCAUCUUCGCCAAGGGUUACACCGAGAAGAUGAGCUACGUGCAGGCUGCCAAGCAGCUCCCCAAGAUGGACGAGGCUCAGAUCGCCGAAGCCGUCCGCCAGUACGACCUCUCUGACAGCGACGUCGAGAACCGCUCGGCUGCUGGAUCGCUCAAGGAGAAGCGUCAGCAAGACGAGGAGCUGAUGCCUCAGGCCGGAGGACAGAUGUAAGAUCUGGAAUGUUGCAAGACGAAGAUACGAGCGCUGGUCGUACAUGAUUGCGAAUGAGCGCGCUGUGUGCGCUACGGUAUCGUUGAGUCGUUACUUGUUAUGCAUAAUGCCUGGAGGAACUAUACCCGACGCACAAACGUCACCCAUCUAGGCUCGAGAUGCAUGGAGGAAUUUGCUAGGUCGCAUGUCUAAGGAAUGCGUGAGUUUCGUUUUGUUUCUAAUUGCAUAGCAUCGCUUUAUACCAUUGAUCGACAUAUGUCGUCAACCAUAGAAAUCUAUGACUUUUCUCAUCAC